AUGCUUCACGGACAUUUGCAUGAAAAAUCUGCGCUCGUAUACACAAGUGAACAACCUUCAUGCGUGGUCACACGUGAAACAAGUGUAGCUCUUGAGGUAUAUCCAAUUCAAGAUCCAUUAGCUAUUUUAUUAAUUAUUGAUUAUUAUGCAUUACGUUCAGAAGAAUAUGAUUUUUUAUUAAAAUUUUAUAAUGAACAAAAUAAUCGUUUAAAUUUAGAUGGUUUACCAAAUUUUGCCUAUUCAAUUUCACUGGCUUUAUAUCAUCAAUCAAAACAAACAAAAGAUCAAUCACAAGCUAAUUUAAAAUUACAAGAAGCAUUACUACGUUUUCCAUCAACAUUCAAAUAUCUUCUCGAUAAAAUGUCUAUUCAACCAGAUCGAAAUGUUGAAAAAAAUAAAUAUUUUAGUCAAAGUUAUUAUAGUGAAACAGAUGCUCUUAAAUGUGUACAAACACUCUAUGCCAUUCGAUGUUCAAACGAAUGGAAAAUAUCGGAUGUCAUCGAGUUUUUACGACAAAAUGUUAAUGAAACAAUUCGAAUUAUAGAACAAAAUGAUUCGACAACAAAAGAGUAUUUGAAAAAACGAGAAACAAAUUAUAGAAAAACUCCAGUGAAUAUAUGUCGACAUAUUGUUUUAUCUGAAUCGAAUGAAAUACGUGGAUUUUUACCUACAGAUCUUCAAAAUGGCCAAACGUUUUAUAGUUUUGAUCCGUUUCCACCGAAAGAUUCAACUUCUUGCUAUCAACGACCUGAACGACCGGAUCUGAGAAUUAGUAAUUCGUACAAUAGACUGGGAAUGUUCGUUCGUUCAUUGAUACCUGGUUUCAAUCUUGACAAUUUUCUUGUUCCACAAGCUAAUGGAAAUAAUAAUGAACGAGGAGCUGUCGGUGGAAUGGAAGAAAAUAAUGAUAUUGGUAUGUUGAAUGCUAUUCAAGAAUCUAUUCGAGACUUUAUACGAGAUAUUGGGAUUGCUCAGCCUGUCCAACAACAACAACAAAAUGAAGGAGAUGCAAAUCAUGGACAAGACAAUGAUCAUGAUGAUGAUGAUGAUAAUCAAUCGCUGGAAUUUGAUUAA